GGAGGGACUUGAACUCUUGGAGUGUGUCGUUGUGUCAAGGCAACAAUAAUUAUGUUGGUGCAUCGUGCAGAGAUGUUACCACGCUUACGCUGGGGCAUCGCACUGUGAUGUCAUCCCCGUUCUGUCUUGAUGUCACUUUGAAACAUCAUCCCUGUUGCAUCACACCAGUUACAUGAGGCAUCAGGAUGUCACACUGCAAGAUCCUUAUUGUGACGUUGACUUGGGAGAAUAGCAUUGAGAAGCCAUCAAGAGGCCCACCUGUUGCAUUGCAAGCUUUUCUUGAGCACCACUCAUGGAGGCAUCCUCUCCAUCACAACGAGAGGUCAUUCACAUGUCACACUACAACGGUUGCACCAACAUGUCACAUCAGGGAAUUGUCCCUACUGGUGUGAGACUGUCCCCGCUACAUCUUGUCAAUCACAAUGGCCCUUGGAUGCAGCAUCCCUGUUGCAUUACCAUGUUUGUUCUGAAACAUCAUUUUGAGACUUCACCACGGCAUCCUCAAGUUCACCCCCAGCAUGUGGCAUGGAGACGAUGUCCUGGAGCACUGUGAUGAUGUCCCUAUGAUGAGAUGUGCAUCCCAAGGGGAAUUUAGGACCAGUUAACAUCCCACAAACUAGAUUUGCUAUAUGUGGGAUCACCACAAUGAAAUUGUGACCGAUCCCAGUGGGAGAUGGACCGGAUGGCCUAAUAUGUCUUUUCCAUCAUUAAUUUUAUGGACUUGCAGAGAAAAACUCACUAUGUGGAGGUUACAAAAUGAGUGAGAUUCAGAUGUGCACCUUUGCUCAAUGGGAAAUAGCCAACAGCACUCUUUUCCCAAAACAUCAAGGAAUGUGCACAAGACAGGAGCAACAAGGAGCAGUUCUAUAAUGGGCCAGCACUAAGAGGUACACUUCACCUGGCCAUGGAAUGGCCUAAACUGGCCUGAAAAAUCAACACUGUUAUUAAAGCAAUGAAAUCUGAAGGGAAACCCUCCUCUUUCUAUUUGUCUUGCUUUCUUGUGAGAAUAGUUCUGGACAUACACACAAUCACCAUUGCACUUGAACAACUUUGACAGGGCAUGAAAUCCACUACUGCAUGGAAAAAUCCCUGCAUUUCUUAAAAAUCAUUGUUGCUGUAUCUUUAAUGGAGUUCCUGGAAUCUUGACUCUGGAAUCAGGGAAGGGAUGCUCAAGUCUUUUAAGACUGAUAAGCCAGCAGCUGUGUUCAUAACUGCUGUAUGAGGAGGGUCAGUUUCAGGCAAAAGAAGCAGCGAUUUGUGUAGCGAGAAGCUGCCAAGAGUCCUAAUCCAGGUGGCCAUCCAGUUUUGAAGGCAGCAGAGCCAAUUUCAGCAUCAGCUCAGGCGCUAUUGGAAUUAUCUGAGGUGACCACCAUGGAUUUUGGAAGGCCUCGGUCGGCAGGCAGAGUCCGAGGGUGGUUCCGUACCCAGCCCACAACUUGUGUCCUGGAGAGCCUGGUCUUCAGACUGCAGCAGUUGUGUCAAUGGGCUCAUCUGACCACCGAUUCACCCUAGCUGAGAUCCUGUCACAAAACUAUGGUGUACGAGAAGAGAGAGAGGAGGAAGAAAAUAUGCAAGAGAAAGAAAAGUCUUUAGAAGAGCUGGAAAAGAGUUUCAGUGCAUCUCAGCUGGUGUUGUACUCGGUGGUUGUUCCAUUCCUGAUGAAGCUUUGUCCUCCUCUCGCUCAGAGCAGUGAAAUGCCAUUCGAGGAGCUGCUUGCACUUUACGGCUAUGAGGCAUCUGAUCCGAUCUCGGAGCAGGACAGCGAGAGCAAUGACAUCCCUCGCAACCUGCCGGACAUGACCCUGGAUAAGGAACAAAUAGCGAAGGAUUUGCUUUCAGGGGAAGAAGAGGAGGAGACGCAGUCUUCGGCCGACGACCUGACUCCAUCCGUCACGUCCCACGAUGCGUCGGACCUUUUCCCAAACCAGCCUGGCUCAAACUUCCUGGCUGAUGAAGACAAAGAGCCCUGCUCUUCUCCUUGUGCCUCCUCCUCGGCUGAAGAGUGCGAAGAGGACUCCAUCCCGUCCAACGAGUGCAAGAAGGAGAUAAUGGUUGGACCUCAGUACCAGGCAGCUGUUCCUGUCCUCCACUUAAACAGGCACUGUGAAAAAGCCUACGAGAAUGAAGAUCAGCUGCUGUGGGACCCAAACAUCCUCCCUGAGCGGGAGGUGGAAGAGUUCUUGUACCGAGCAGUUAAGCGGCAGUGGGACGAGGUCUCCAGUGCCAGUCUGUCAGAUGGAGAGAUGGUGAAGGACAAUGAGCAGGCUCUGUAUGAACUGGUUAAAUGUAACUUCAAUGCAGAAGAGGCACUGCGGAGAUUGCGAUUCAACGUGAAGGUCAUCAGAGAUGAGCUUUGUGCCUGGAGUGAGGAAGAAUGCAGAAACUUUGAACACGGGUUUAGAGUCCAUGGGAAAAACUUCCAUCUCAUACAAGCUAACAAGGUCCGCACCCGGUCAGUGGGAGAAUGCGUGGAGUACUAUUACAUGUGGAAGAAGUCGGAGCGCUAUGACUACUUCACCCAGCAGACUCGCUUCGGAAGGAAGAAGUAUGUCCUCCACCCUGGAGCCACGGAUUAUGUGGAUAACGACUUGGAUGGGGGUGAGGCGGAAAAUGCCACCCGCUCUCGGAACUCCCCACCGAUUCCCUCCGCCACCAGCUGCCUGGACUCUCGCUUCAAUCAAGAUCACCUGGCAAUUGAGAGUGCAGAGCCUCUGAGCGUGGAGAGCGCAGCCUGCAGCUUGGGCAGCAUGAGUGAGUCGGGCCAGGCUUACGAGUGCAGCACUCCCUCAGAGACAAACUGUUCCUUUGACCCUGCAGAGGACACGUCCUCGGGCGGCAUCUCAGCCACUUGCACACGGCAUCCAGGUAACCCCUCGGAAAUGGGGCUUUAUCAGCUGCCACCGGCAGGACCGGGCCUGGCAGAGAAACAGGAGACAUUGCAGAGCUCCGGCGAGACGAUAACUAUGGACUUCACUCUCCCCGGAGACAUUAACGAGGGGUUGCCUUUAAUUUCCGGCCGUGUGGAUUUGGACAGGGACCCAGAGGCACUGGUGUCCCCUGCUCAAGUGUCCUUAUCGGUCACAGAUUUUGGCAUCAUCGGUAUUGGAGAUGUAAAUAGUUUCCUGGCUGCUCACCAGGCCUGCCCGGGGCCUUUGUCACAGUGAGAAUUUCCAGUCUUGACCUUGUCACAGACCGAGCUACGACUUUGACCCGACUGAGUGAAUUCCCUGGGCUUCCGUGUUCCACGGGGCCAGCUUGGAGCUGUCGGUCGGAAUCUGUCUUUCCAUCUCCUUGAUGUUUUGGCGUCUGUCCUUCCAAGGCUACAGUGAAACCAAACACCUUUCUGCUUUAGUGCCGUCUGACACACCUGCGCAAAGCUGAUGGGAGGUUUUAGUAGGGGGAUGAGUCCAUGAGCCCAGCCUUCCUGGUGUCGCCACAGGCAGUACCAUGCAGUUCAGACAGCCUCUGGCCUGAGGACAGUGGAAGUAUCCAGUGACCCCAACAGAGGGGGCUUUCUCUAGGGAAAACCGGUUGCACAGUGGGUUGUUAUUGAGGAUGAAGAUGUGUAGUGGGCACUUUGGGGGCUGGGAUGGACAAUGUAAUCGGAGGUACAUGUGCUUAGGAAAGUGACAUGAAGAAGCACAGUCAGUCCAGGCUGGAGUGUCCCUCUGGAUGCAGAGAUGGGCGUGUUUGUGCCGAAGGAGGGGGUGGACAGGCGUGGCCAUUCACCCUCAGAUUUUGUGUUGCAAUAGAAGUAAUUCUCUCAUCUUUUCUUUUCUAACAGCUGUAGUGUGCCUGUUGAUUUGUUAAUCUGGGGGCAGGCAUGUGUAUUGAGACUGUGUUCAGAUCUAGAGCGCCAUCAGCAUCCGUCUGUCUUCUCCACUGCCAGGUCCAGAUGAGAAACAGCCUGUCCCAUCCCCUCCCACACCUCUGGCUACAGGCUCAGCUCUUGGAAAGUACCAUUUAGGGUGGGCAGCCUGUCUGCACAUUGCUCAACUCUCCUUCCCUUCCCAACACUUAACCAUUGGUUGUGCUGCUCCGUGGAGAACCCGAAUACAGGGAUGAGGCUGCAUUGGUAGCAGAGGGAGUUUCUAGUGAGGCUGGCAGUGGGUGACAUGGUCUGUAAAAUCCUUGCUUGCAUUGCAAAAGAGUUAAAUCUGAAUGAGCUGCCUGCAGAACUGCCUGACUGGUUCCAAGCUCAUUGAUCAGCUGGGGGAAAAGGGUAGUAAUAAUCAGUGAGUUGGAUCUUGGGACUUACAUUAGAAUCCUACAGAAACUGAAACAGAAGCUAGCGGGCUGCCUCUGAGCUCAUGGUAUACGUGCCCAGGAGGUGGGGGCGCACCAGCCCGCCUAUCCGGUGCUAAGCAGGGGCCCACACAGGUGCCAGGCAGGUGCAUCAAACCUGGGCACGUCCCUUGUAUCCUGUGCAAGCACAAGGUGUGUAGCUGUGUGCCUGAAAGGAGAGCUUUCAGCCCUAGUAACCCAUCCGAGCAUAUGACACUCACCGCUGGUAGGACCGCUUGUCUACCUUAAUCAUCUCCUUUGCCAGCCUGUGUGAGCACAUGGCACACAGCCCUGGCAAGAUGAUGCAACAGCCCUCUGGGACAUCAACCCUGAUAUUCAAAAAUGUAAUGUAAAGAAACUCUCUAUUUUGUAAGAGAAAGGAAUGUGUUUACCCUUGCAAGAGACAUGACUGAGGUGACCGAGAUUGUGUCCAAUGGCAGCAGGGCGUUAGUCACUGCGGAGCGUGCCAAACGAGACAGGGCCGUCUGUGGCUUGCAGAAGCCCAAUACCUCUCAGCUUCUCCGGCACUACCCAGAUUUGGGGUUUGCUGCUGGCUGAAUUUUCCCCACUCCUCCAGGAGCACACAUACACCCACGGUGCAUCGACGCUUAUGGCGUACGCACACUGCACACCCAGCAAGCACAGCUACACAUGGCAGUGUAGACAAGGAGGCAUCGCUGAGGAAAGUGGUACAGAGUGCCAGACACACCUCAGCUCCCAUAGUAUAGACCCUAGGCAGCUGUCUACCCACCCAAACAGCGGCUCCCCGUCUGUGCUGCUACUUUUACCAGUGGAGUGUCCUGCUGCCAGAGCCUUUCCCCACCGCAGUGAAAGGCUCUGGCAGCUCCCGCGCCCUGGAGCCUUUCACUGCGGCAUGUGGCUACUUGUGCAGUGCCUGUCCUCCGUGCUGUGGACGUUAGUCAUGUGCACACAUUUCCCGCAGGCUGCUGGCCAUUCGGGACUCCAGUGACAGACACCCUUCAUCCAAUUGCAAUUUUUUUUUUGAUAGCUGCCUUCAGGCCACCACCCUGAAGCUAGUUCUGCUGCUGAUGGAUUUGAAAUGACCUUAUCAGCCAUUGUGGGCUGGGUCCUCCCCUGAACAAACAGGCCGUGUUCACCUGUUCACUGUGAGCAUGAAGAAGGUGGAAAGUGCUAGUGUCCCAAUGCAUUUUACACCCACUUUGCACUGGAGCGGGGGAGUGGCUCCCCAAGGCACAUGGUGACGGAGAAGCCAGCCUUAUCUCACAUCACCUAAACCCCAGCUUUGUGUCACCCACUCUGUCAGGGACCCUGCCCCUGGCCAGCUCAGCUGAGGUGGUAAACUCCAAAGUACAGCUGCCUUGACCAUGAAGUCAGUUUGUGAGACAGAGGUGCUAACUCGGGGGGGUCUCCCCACCCACUGCUCCCGCCUGCUGGAGACGGGACACAAAUGUGAGCUGCCAGCACCUGGCCCAAGCCCCCAGGCUGUGAUUUCCUUUUGGGGGCCUUUCCUUUCUGAAAGGAGAAGGAGUGAGUAGGGGGAGGGUGUGGGGAAGCUCUGAGGCUUUUCCAGGGAGGGGGGAGCUCCCAGCACCCCUCCAACAGCCAGGUACAUUGGAGGAAAUUGAUAAACGUUUUUUCUUUCGUUUUUCAUUUUUGAGUCCUAAUAAGGAGUGGGGGGCGGGGAAAUGUCUCUUUAUUUAUAUUCUUCAAUGUUGUUUACAGAUUCGAGCGGGGGCUUAAAGCGAACGCGGCAUGUUUUCUGCACGCCCUGUCUGGGGAGGGACGGAAAAGGCCGGGGAGAGGGAGUCAGUUUUUGGUUUGGUUUGGUUUUUCUCACGAAGCACAUUUACUUUGAGCUGCCCCCAAUGCCAGACUCUUCCCCUCCCCCCCGGAGGCCCCGCACUGUGAAGUGAUACUGCCUUGAAAACCCCUCGCCGUUAUUUAUUUAAUUAAAAAUAUGAUUUGAAAAC